UUAAUGACCAAAAGAAUCUUCAAGCUGGCGCACACCAACUAGGUAGUCAAACAUUGCUAUACCCCAACCAGAGACAUUGUUGUUCAUUGCAUUCUUAUCAUCUCCUUCUAAAUUUCGAUAUCUUCACUUCUUCAAUUUGGCGCAUCCGAUCCAAACCAUGGCUGAAUUUAUUACCCCAGUCCUUGACAUCUUAACCCGUUUGUGUGGUUACUGCGCCACGCGAGUAGAAUCAAUACGCAAGCUUGGAGAGAAUCUCAACUCUUUGCGAAAUGCUUCAACUCAGCUCAAUGGCAUGUACCUUGAUGUCAAGAUGAAGGUAGAAACAGCACACCAAGAUCCAGAUCCGGACCUGAAGGUUUUGAAUGUCGUAAGGGUUUGGAUGGAUGAAAUUGAAGUCCGACAGAAUGAAGUCCAGGCCAUUCUGCAACGAGGUGAUCAAGAAAUACAAGCCAAAUGUCUUGGAGGUCACUGUCCCAAGAAUUGUCGAGCUAGAUACAAGCUCCAUAAGGUGGUCGCCCAGAAGUUGAGGGACAUUAACGAUCUUAUAAGCAGAGGGCAUUUUGAUGUUGUAGCAGAGAAGUUUGUUGGCGAUCAAUUCAUUGCACUUCCUGUGGAUAUGGCUGUGGGUGUAGAAUCAACAUUUGAAGAGCUAUGUUCAUGCUUUGAGAACAAUAAGGUGCGCAUUAUUGGCUUGUAUGGAAUGGGCGGGGUGGGCAAAACCACUCUACUUAAAAAAUUCAACAAUGAGUUCCUUUCAAGGAAAGCACAGUUAAUCAUUUGGGUUGUGGCAUCUAAAGAUGCAGAUUUGGGAAAAAUUCAAGAAGACAUUCGAAAGAAAUUGCGUGUUCAAGAUGAUAUUUGGGAUAACAAGAUGGCGGAUGACAGAGCUCGUGUGCUAUUCAAUAUCUUAAAUAAGAAAAAAUUUGUAUUGUUAUUAGAUGAUGUGUGGAAAAGAAUUGAUUUGUUGAAAUUGGGAGUUCCUUUCCCUAAUAAUCAUAAAUGUAAGAUAAUAUUCACGACUCGAUCGAGGGAAGUAUGCGGCCAGAUGGAAGCGCAGCAACAUAUAAAGGUAAAUUGUCUCACACCAAACAAAGCAUUUGACCUAUUUAAAGAAAAGGUGGGUGAAACUGCUCUUGAAGACCCUCAUAUAUUGCAUCUUGCAACACAAGUGGUGGAUGAGUGUCAAGGAUGGCCACUUGCUCUUUGUACUGUUGGACAUGCCAUGGCUAAUAAGUUGACUCCCAAUGAAUGGAAGCAUGCCAUAGAAAUUUUGAGGAGUUAUCCUUCAAGGGUAUCAGCAUGUAAGCAAGGAGAAGAUAUAAUUUCAACUUUGAAGCACGCUUGCUUAUUGGAAAAUGGUCACAAAGAAAACACAAUUAAGAUGCAUGAUGUGAUUAGAGAUGUGGCUCUUUGGGUAGCAUGUGAUCAUGGGAAAAAGACAAGAUUCUUUGUAAAAGAUGGCUCUGCGACAGAAGGCCUUGAAGUAUAUAAUCAUUCAAAGUGGAAAGAGGUAGAAAGGCUAUCUAUAUGGGGAAGGGGUCAUAUGAUUCUAAAUCCAUCACAAAAACCUCAUUGUCCUAACCUGUUCACUAUGCUUAUGAGGGAUACUUUGGUGCAAGAGUUUCCAACUGAAGUAUUUGUUCUUCCAAGUACUAUUAAAGUAUUAGACUUGUCAUCUAAUCAAAAUAUAAUAAAUAUACCUGCAACGAUUGAGGUCCUUGUGAACCUAGAAUACAUGAACCUAUCAAAUACUGGUAUUACAAAAUUGUCAGAGGAGUUCAAGAAUUUGAAGAAGCUGAAAUACUUGUUGUUGAACGGAAUUAAACGUCUUGAAUUCCCAAGAAAAGUUAUAUCCAGCUUGUUAUCUCUUCAAGCUUUUAGUAUGGUAACGAGGGACUCUCUUGUGUAUGAUGAAAAUAUGUUGUUGCAUGAGCUAGAAGGCUUAGAUCAACUUCAAGAUACACGCAUUUCUACCUCUAGUCCCUCCUCUAUUCAUAAAAUACUGGUCUCCUCAAAAUUGCAAAGGUGCAUGUGUCAUCUAGAUGUUACCUAUAGAUGGAAUACAAACUCAAUCCAUGACUUGUACUCAUCACUUGGGAAAAUGUUGCAUCUUGAAACAUUACAAGUUUUCGACCUUAGUGUACACAUUUUUGAAGACACAACAACAUCAGAGGAUUCUAAAGCUAUGAGUAUUUCGAGGAGCUCAAUUUUGGGGCAUGAAAAUAUAAUCGUCCUUCGCAAGUUGACUAUCUCUAGGUGUCAAAUAUUUGACUUGAAUUGGCUUAUACAUGCUCCAAACCUUGAAGUCCUUCAGUUAAAUCGGUGCAAUUCACUGGUAGAAGUUAUAAGAGAAGAUUUUUGUACUGCUGACACUGAGAGAGUGGAAAGUAAUAUUUUUUCCAAUCUCACUCAUCUUCAUUUGCGAUUUUUGAACAACUUAAGGAGCAUUUGUAGAGUGGCAUUAAAGUUUCCUUGUCUGGAGGAGAUUGAAGUAGUACGCUGACUAAGUUUGAAGAAGCUUCCAUUUGAUUCUCAAAGUACAUUGAAAAAUCUACGGUGCGUUAGAGGAGAUCGAAGCUGGUUGAAUCAAUUGCAAUGGGAAGAUGAAGCUACCAAGCAUCUUCUCGUUUCAAAAUUUGCAGCCUUAUAGUUAUUUCUCUCGCCACCAUCAGGGAUUGAUCAUCCUAAAUCAUGUUGCAGGAAGUGUCUAAGAUUUUUUCUCUUAGGGUCAAAAAUAGGAGUCUCUAUGCUGAAGAUAAAAUUUCUGGAAAUAAAUGUGAGUAAUGACUGUACUACUACGUGUUGCUAUCUUCUCUUAGUUUGUAUUGUUAUGUAUCCUUUCAAGUACCUUUUAUUGAUAUUACAGCACUAUUGAAGAUAAUUUUCGAUAAUU